AUGAUAUAUGGUGAUCCUAAAAAGAGAAAAAAGUUUGUAGAUGAAUUGAUGAAGUAUAAUGAUUUAUGCAAGUUACAUUGUACUGUUUAUUUAUCAGAUGAAGAUGAGAUUAUUAGGAGACCAAAAAGAAAAUGUGCAAAAACAGAAUAUAAUGAAUUUUUAAGCACUGAGAUGCGUAAGAUAGCAUCUAUUAAUCCUGAUAUAAGUCAUACUGAUUCUUUCAAGAUGGCAGUUGUGAAGUGGAACAAUUGUAAACAAUUUUCAGAAGUUAAUCGUAUUAAUGCUUUAAUUGCAAAGUUGAGAGCUGAGAAUACUGCACUAACAAAUAAUAAUCCAAGGAUUGUUGCAACAGAAAAACAAGCAAAUGAUAUAUUAAAUAAUCUCGGUGUCAAGAUAGAAACAGAAAAUACGUUUGAGAUCAAGAUGGGAAAAAUUGUUAAAGUGAGUGCAAAGGGGGAAAUUAAUUUUAUCGAUAAAAAGGUUAAUGAGAUAUUGACAAAUUUUGGAGAAAGUUAUUCAAUUGAUGAGACCUUGAGGUCAAAGAUAGAGAGAAUACAUUUUGAAACGAAUCCUCUUCAAUUCAAGAAAGACGUGGGAAAAAAUCUUGGUAUUGAUAUGUCAUUUAGCAAUUCUGUGAUGUUUAAUAGAUUUAGAAAGAAACCAACGGAUGAGAAAAUCGAGAAAUUGGUUAUCAAAGUUAGCGAAUUGAUUGAUAUGUAUUCCGAUCGAUUCGUUAAACAUGUACCUGAUGAUAACAAGAGGAUUAUCUCUGAAAAUUUUUCAAUUUUUAUC